UGACAUUUUCUUUUCAGCUCCGGCACAAUAGAAUUUGCAGUGUGAAAUUCGCACCGAAUAGAUUUUUGCCACAAAUUGUUUGAAGAUUAGCGGUUCAUUAUAAAACAGCAUAAAAAUGUUUGCUCUCAGCCGUAAUGUCAGCAAUGUAGCCAAAACUGCCGUACGUGGUAAACAUACUUUACCCCAAUUGCCCUACGACUAUGCCGCCUUGGAACCCAUUGUCACCCGUGAGAUAAUGGAAUUGCAUCAUACCAAACAUCACCAGACCUAUGUCAACAAUUUAAAUGCUGCCGAAGAACAAUUGGCCGAGGCUCAAAGCAAAAAUGAUGUGACCAAAAUUAUUAGCCUGGCACCCGCUUUACGUUUCAAUGGUGGCGGCCACAUUAAUCACUCUAUUUUCUGGCAAAAUCUUACUGCCGAGAAAACCCAACCCUCGGCCGAAUUAAAGAAAGCCAUCGAGGAGCAAUUUAAGGGUUUGGAUCAAUUCAAAAAGGAAAUGACUGCCACCACUGUGGCUGUACAGGGUUCCGGCUGGGGUUGGUUGGCCUACAACAAGAAGACCCAAAAGUUGCAAAUUGUUGCCAUGCCCAACCAAGAUCCCCUGGAGGCCAGCACUGGUUUGAUUCCUUUGUUUGGCAUUGAUGUUUGGGAACAUGCCUAUUACUUGCAAUACAAAAAUUUGCGUCCCUCUUACGUAGAGGCCAUUUGGGAUAUUGCCAAUUGGAAUGAUAUCUCUAAACGUUUCGCCGAUGCCCGUAAAUAAAUUUUAACAGCGCAGGCGUUGUUUACGUGUUUUUUUUUGUUUAACAAAGAAACAAACCAACCACCAUACAAUUUAUAAAAACAUUUCAAACUGUGAAUUAAUAUUUGUUAAAUAAUUAAGUAUGUAGUCAUCAUAUCUUUAAAAGAUUUAAAAUAAAAUCAACGUAAUACGAGAAAAGUAA